GUCUCGGGGGCCUUCCCUGGUCCUCUGACAUCGUGGCUUUGCGCAGGCCUCAGGAGGUGGAGUGUGAUUCUUAUCUUUUCUAGCUUUUACUACAGUGUGACUCCUUUUAUACCUCCUGAUUUCUUCCAUUGUCAAGUGAGAAGGGUGUCAGGCACAAAGACUUCAACCAGCACUGAGAUCUCUGCGACCUGGUACUGAGGUCGGCAACUUGGAGGUGUGUCUGUUGGGGUGUGACCUGAGUCGACGCUCACCCUUUCUCUGUUACUCUCUGUUCCUUUGAGGCAGGCUGCUCCUCUUGCUAGCUACCCUUUGCAAUGGAGUAGGCAGCAGCAUUGUGCUGCAGAAAAUGUACGGGAGGAUCACGUCCCCUGACUUCCCAAAUGUCUACCCAAACCACAAGGAGAGAAUCUGGAAUAUUACUGUCCCCAAGGGAUAUUCUGUCCGCCUCUACUUCACUCACUUCAACUUGGAGCUGUCGUACUUGUGUGAAUAUGAUUAUGUGAAGCUGAGCUCUAACGGGAAGACCUUGGUUACGCUGUGUGGGAAGGAGAGUACAGACACUGAGGAGGCGCCAGGCAACAAGACAUACGUCUCCGUCGACAACACCCUCGUGGUGACGUUUCGGUCCGACUACUCCAAUGAGAAGCCAUUCACAGGCUUUGAGGCCUUUUAUGCUGCUGAAGAUAUCGAUGAGUGCAAACAGCUGUUUGAUGGUGAACCCCUCUGCAAUCAUCACUGUCACAACUACCUGGGGGGCUACUACUGCAGCUGUCGUAUUGGCUACACACUGCAUGCAAACAAAAGGACAUGCACAGGCGGCUGAGAGCGAUUCUGCAAUAUGGACGUUGCCAGAAUGGAUCGGGCUGAGGAUCCCUUGAGUCUGGUGUCCUGCCUUUGACGCUGGUCAGCAUCUCACGCUUCAGUGGAAGACAGAAUUCAAUUAAAAAGCCCCAAAAGCAGUUCGGCCCAUUCUGUGGAAAGACUUUGCCUGCAAAAAUUUAGACACGCAGCAGCGUAUAAAUACUGCAGGCAUGACCGAGUUGCUGCGGCUGUAAUACUACUUUCGUAACUGGUAUCUCGGGUGCACCCGCCGGAUGGAAAGUGAAAUACACAGCAACAGGUAGGUAGGAGGCCUCUUUUUUAAUUCUCUGGUCCAGACUAUUCCCCGAACGUCAUUCGGGAAAGGUCUGAAUAGCAACCACAUAGAUGAACAGCAGUUUUAUACUUAGUUUUCAGUAGUGUACCUCCUAAGCAAUGUAGCUGUUGAGGCAGUUUACCUACUAAGCAGUGUUUUAACAGAGUGCCAGAAUAAGAGCUGAUCUUACAGGUCACCUCUAGUUCAGGCGGAUGAUUGUAUUUUAGGGAACAAGUUGCCUUUGAAUUGACAAGAGUUACGGGGCGUGUGCUUAGGCAACGCACCUACUGGGCCCGUCCUGUCAGCGUAACCGGGGCUGC